CCAAAGGGAUGACUCAUCCGCGACAUGAGCAAACAUGAAAUUACUGGAUGACCGACGACGAGCGAGAGAUAACGACCAGCACACAUCCACUCAAGUAGUGGUGGUAUAAAUACCGGCCGGAAGGGCUUUCGAUGUAUCAGAAAACGCAACGAUGGCAAGCAAGCAGAAUCAAAAGCAACCGCAGCCUACUUUGACGCAGGUCGGCAUCAUCCCAGAGUUCAAUGGGGAGACCGAUGACUGGACGGUUUACCGGGAGAUCAUGGAGGAGUUCUUCAAGGCCAAUGGAGUUCCGGAGGGGAAUCGUGUAUCGGUUUUGAUUAGUUUGAUUGGAACCGAGACUUAUCGCAUUCUGAGGGACCUUUGCCAUCCGGUGGCACCGAACGAAAAGACGUACGAACAGUUGUGUGAACUGUUGGCUAAACAAUUCAUCCCGGAGAUUGCAGUUUUUCGCGAGCGAGCCAAGUUCUAUCGCGCCGAGCAGCGUCGAGGUGAAGAUGUCAAGGCGUGGUACGCCCGAUUGAAGAAACUGGCAAUCGAUUGCCGCUUUGCUGAGCAUUUGGAUCAACUGUUGCUGGAUAAAUUCGUGACUGGUUUGAAACCGGGGCCGAUCCAAGAACGAUUGUGCGAGGAAAGUGACAAGCUUACUUUGAAGGAUGCCCUGGAUAUUGCGGCCAACAAGGAAUCGGCACUUCAAGAUGACGUUAUCGCCGUAGAUCUGGGUGAGCUGAGUUUGGGUGAAGGCAGAAGGCGCCAUGGACGGCAUCAUCACGGUCGUCACGGACCUCAUCAUGGCGAACAUGGCCGCCAUGGACAUCAUCAUCAUGGUCCACCCCAUGGACCCCAUCACGGCGGUCGUCAUCACGGAGGUCCUCAUCAUCAUCAUUUUGGACCAGGACCUGGACCCAUGAUGGGACACUUUGGACCUCACGCUUGGAUGAGACCUCGUGGAGAACCUCGCAUGAUGGCUUACGCAAUGGAGGCGCAUGGUGGCUGUCCGUUUAAGCGUCGCAGCCGUGAAAUGAAGCGUUGGGCCAAAAAGUGGCGCAAGCAUGGGCGUCGUUCGUCGUCAAGCAGCUCAAGCUCCAGUUCCAGCAGCAGCUCGAGCAGUUCCGAAAGCGAGGAGGAAAACGAGUGCAAGAAAAUGCGCAAAUGCAAGCGCAAGGAAGGUCGUCGAGGCCACUGGCAUGGACGUCACGGAGGACACCACGGUGCAGGACCUCGUGGACCACGUGGGCCAUGUGGUAGACCGGAAGGAGGAUGCCGCCGAGGACGGAGAGGUGAAAUAGCGGAAACAGCUGAACAAACCGCUCCGACCGAAACCGAGCCGGAGUUGAUUGAGUGAAGAAGGAAAAGAUCUGUUAGAAGCAUUUAUGUCUAUUUUCUAUGUUAAUCGACCUACUCAUCCACUAGGGAAAAAAAAAGUUAUAACCAAAGAAAAAAUAUUUAAAAUUGUUUAAACGUUUACAAAAAAAACUAGAUAAGGCUGUAUAUAAAAAAUGUAAAAAAAAACAAAUAA